CACAAAACAAACUUCAAGAGUCCUCUCUGACAGACUGCGCAUUUCUAAUCUGCUAUGUCGCUCCCUUCUGAUACCGACAAGUCGUGGAAUUUCGAUGUCUCGUCCUUUAUGGUCCUCCUUGGUGAGGGCCAGGAAUUGACGCUGCGCCAGAUGCGAAGGUCAUAUUUGGAGUGUCUUUCAGCAGCUCCGGUAGCAGGACUUCAAAGCUACCUCCAUUCGUCCUUCCAGCUCGCAGAAGCCUUGGGUCCCGAUAACAUAUCUAUCCAGGGCGUCAAGAAAGCACCGCUUCGCAAUCAGCGAACUGCAAACCUUAUAUCCGCGAAGAAGAUGCUGAGGAAUGGCUACAUCAAACGAUACCGAAUUAAACCGCGCCAGAAAAAGACGAGUGAUGACAACAGGAACGACAAUAAGAGAAGCCAAAUGCCGUAAGGUUGUCCUGACUGAACAAAAAUUGUAUAUUCUAAUUUUAUGGUAGUAUUGUUCUCGAGACUUUCUGGGUUAUACUUACUUGGGUGGUAUUGGGUGCAAUAUUCUUUGUUCUUAGCUGGUGUAACGCCGCAGGCCAUACUUCCUGGAAGGGCAUUGUCCCUUGUGUCCUUUUCUCUGGCUGAUCCAUCGUUCUCCGCUUCCUCGAGCAGUUUCGCAUGAAACGGUGUACCAACACACCCACAAAGCCUGAUGAAGAGGAUCAGAUUGUGAUCCUGGGGCCUCGCAACUCAUGUGUCGUAUUUGAAGGAACGCGUCGCGAUGUCAACAAAUGGUCUGGACUUGGUGUUGAGCUUGGACCUGGAGCUCGAGGAAGCUUCAUAGGUGUCCUGAUGUGGGGAAUCAGCCUUGUCCUCCUUAUUGCAAUCUUCGCCAUCGUUCCGAAUGGAACCACAUGGGAUCAGGUCGCUUGGAUUACAUUGAACAUACUCGGUCAGAUGAACGUUCUAGUUUGCCAGUGGCUAAAUGUCGAAGGCAGUCUUACGUGGUUAGAAGAAAUACAUCCCGGACUAGGCGAAGUUGUCAAGACUCGGACGGAUGUGUAUGGAUAUCUUUUAGAAGAAUUUGGGAAUGGCGAGUGGGUCGAUGAGAUGGAAUUGCUUCCAAAAACAGAACUUCGGCGACGCUGGAGACAUGAAUGGGCGACAAAUUCACAUGCAGAUGUAAAGUUAUUAUAUGAUUGCUACGCGAAGGAGAUGCAGGUAACUUCCCAUAAUGAGGGCCUUUGA